AUGACCAACAUCAACGCUCCUCCCCUUACUACCCUCGCUUGCAUAUGUAAUCUUACGAUAACUUUCAAAGGCCUCAAGUCCCGCCUCAACCUCAAACUUUCGACAAAGUUGCUCUUUGCCGUUCUUAAACAACCGGUUCGUCCUAGAGUAGAAGACCUUAAGCUUGUCGCCCGUCUAAUCCAUUCUGGAAAACGGCACCAUACCGAGUGUCCAACUAUCUCAGCAUUUGCUCCUGUUUCUCUUCCUCCAGGUAAAGAGAGUUCUAAUCGUGGUGUCAAAAAUAUAGACACCCACUGUACUGGUGACCAUAAAGUCCUUGGUGUAUCCAAUACACCGAAGUUACAAUCUCAACAGCAAUAUCACUUCCACCAGAGGAUCCGCAAUGCGUACGCAUAUUUCUGA